AUGAAUAAUUUAUAUAAACACGCAUUGAAACAAAACCAAAGUAUAACGCAGGAUUUAGAGAAAUUUGAAAAUGCCGAGGAUGCUUCUGUUGGCUUACAAGGACAAAUAUCUGCAAGUCUCAUUGCUUUAAAACGAACAAUUGAUGAUUAUGAUAAUCUUGCUAAAAGAGAAAUGAUUCUUGUUAAGCAAGAAAAAGCUUUUGCUAAUGUAAGUAAAUUAAGAAAUGAAUACAAUGAAUUCAAAAAGCUAUUUGAACGGCUAAAACAACGUGAAACUAAUAAGGUUAUUCAAAAUGAUAGAUCAGAAUUAUUAGGGCGAAGACACAAUACAUCCACACCAGAAUAUCCUUUUCAACAACAUGAUUAUUCGGGAGAACAACAUGCAUUACGAGAACAUAAUUUUAUAAAUGAGACGGAUUCAAAACUUGACGAAUUUAUAGCACAUGGAAGAGAAGUGCUUAACAAUAUGUAUGAUCAAAAUAAUACUUUGAAGAAUACUCAAAGGAAGGUUCUUGAUGCGGCAAACACGCUUGGAUUAUCACGAAAUGUUAUUCAAUAUAUUGAACGACGAUCUACUCAAGAUAUGUGGAUUUUUAUAGUGGGAUGUAUCAUUACCUUAUUAAGUAUGUGGGCAAUUGUACAUUAUUUAACGUAA